AUGUCGUCAUUUAUAAAUCACAGGCACGAUAGCUCGGUAAACAUAGACGAAGCAAUAACGAAAGACAGUGUAACGUAUUAUAAAAUAGUGGUAAAAGUAAACUUCGUACAAUGGGAUGUGUGGCAUCGUUACAGUGACUUUGUAGAAUUACACGAUAAGCUUGUAAGCGAUUAUGGCGUCGUAAAAGACUUGCUUCCGCCGAAGAAGGUCAUCCGUAACAAGACUCCUAAGUUCAUAGAACAUCGCCGCGAAGGUUUGAACGAGUACCUCAAAAAUGUAUUCAGCCUCCUACAUGUGGACAUGCCAUAUGAAUUUGCUCACUUCCUUGACUUCCAUUUGUAUGACAUAUUCUUUUUACUACAAGAUUUAGCCAAAAAACUAUUUUUAGAAGGUGACAAGAUGUUGCAAAAUGAAAAGUCACAUAAGUUCACACCGUUGGAGCUUCAUGCAAUCAGUGAAAGAUUCAAGAUGGCCUGUCCAUCGAUGGAGAGACAGGAUCAAAUGUAUGACUUCAGCCACAUAUUGGAUUUCUGUUCCCAAAUUACCUCGCUCAGUGUUGAUGGGAGCUACCAGCAUCUUGGCACAAGCAAUAUAAUACCAAAUGACUUAAAGUUUGAUCUCAUACCUUUCAAGUCUCUGAUGGAUUUGAGGAUACUUGGUGUACCCAUGGGAUGUAUACAAAGUGUUGGCAGUCUUAGAGCUUCCCUGUGCACUCUGUCAGUUUUAACAGCAACUGUGCUAUCACUCAAUGAGUUUUUACUAGUUGAUGUGCUUCAUAAAGAUCCAUCCAGUAUCACAGAUUCUAUGAUUUGGAAAAAACUGACAAUUAUAAAUUUUUCAAGCAACAAUAUAAACAAAGUUGAUUGGGCAAUUCAACUCGUACCAAAGUUGCAACACCUAAAUCUCUCCUCAAAUAAGCUAAACGAACUGUGCGACAUAUCUUGCCUCCAUGAUCUACAAGUAUUGAAUUUGUCCAUGAAUAAUUUCUCCAUAUGUGAGAAUUGGCACGCCAAGAUUGGUAAUAUCGUUAAAAUUGAUCUAUCGCAAAACAAAGUCACAUCACUACAGGGUUUCUCAAGACUAUAUUCGUUAGAAAGUUUAGAUUUAAGCUGCAACGUGAUAACGGAUGUGGAAGAGGUGCAGCAUAUCUGCAAAUUGCCUUGCUUAGAAUAUCUGUGGCUAACGGCUAAUCCUGUGGCUUCGUCAAUAGACUACAGAGUGAAAGUCAUAGAGCAAUUUAACGCUAGAAUGUCUGAGAUAUGUCUGGACAACGAAAAGGCGUCGGAGAAGGAGCUGGACACCGCGCGAGUGCUGCAAGCGCUGAGGGUAGUUAAAGAAAGAAAAACUCCCAGCUUUUUGCAAAACAGCCACACCAGCCACAGCUUUCAUAAGAGUUGA